AUGGCUGCAGCUAUGUGCUAUGUUAAUGUUGGUUUUAUGGCUGCAGCUAUGUGCUAUGUUAAUGUUGGUUUUAUGGCUUCAGUUAUGUGCUAUGUUAAUGUUGGUUUUAUGGCUGCAGCUAUGUGCUAUGUUAAUGUUGGUUUUAUGGCUGCAGCUAUGUGCUAUGUUAAUGUUGGUUUUAUGGCUUCAGUUAUGUGCUAUGUUAAUGUUGGUUUUAUGGCUGCAGCUAUGUGCUAUGUUAAUGUUGGUUUUAUGGCUGCAGCUAUGUGCUAUGUUAAUGUUGGUUUUAUGGCUUCAGUUAUGUGCUAUGUUAAUGUUGGUUUUAUGGCUUCAGUUAUGUGCUAUGUUAAUGUUGGUUUUAUGGCUGCAGCUAUGUGCUAUGUUAAUGUUGGUUUUAUGGCUGCAGCUAUGUGCUAUGUUAAUGUUGGUUUUAUGGCUUCAGUUAUGUGCUAUGUUAAUGUUGGUUUUAUGGCUUCAGUUAUGUGCUAUGUUAAUGUUGGUUUUAUGGCUGCAGCUAUGUGCUAUGUUAAUGUUGGUUUUAUGGCUUCAGUUAUGUGCUAUGUUAAUGUUGGUUUUAUGGCUGCAGCUAUGUGCUAUGUUAAUGUUGGUUUUAUGGCUGCAGCUAUGUGCUAUGUUAAUGUUGGUUUUAUGGCUGCAGCUAUGUGCUAUCUUAAUGUUGGUUUUACGGCUGUGGCUAUGUGUAAUCUUAAUGUUGGUUUUAUGGCUGCAGCUAUGUGUAAUCUUAAUGUUGGUUUUAUGGCUGCAGCUAUAUGCGAUCUUAAUGCUGGUUUUAUGGCUGCAGCUAUGUGCUAUCUUAAUGUUGGUUUUAUGGCUGCAGCUAUGUGCUAUCUUAAUGUUGGUUUUACGGCUGUGGCUAUGUGUAAUCUUAAUGUUGGUUUUAUGGCUGCAGCUAUGUGCUAUCUUAAUGUUGGUUUUACGGCUGUGGCUAUGUGUAAUCUUAAUGUUGGUUUUACGGCUGUGGCUAUGUGUAAUCUUAAUGUUGGUUUUAUGGCUGCAGCUAUGUGCGAUUUUAAUUUCGGUUUUAUGGCUGCAGCUAUGGGCUAUCUUAAUGUACUGAAAUGCAUAUGA